AUCGAGCGACUAACAGGUCCUAGAUCAGCCAAUGAGGCCACAAUCUGACGCUUCUAUUUUACUGCUGAUACAUGACAACAAACGGAUCUGCGUUUUCCUGUAAAUAUACUGUAUCAUUUUUGCUAGUGUCGCUAGGCUUUACUUGGUCAAAAUGUAAAGUGUGUAUUUAAGUACGGUUAUAGAAAUGAAUUGCUAACCAGUUUGUUAUUUGACAGCGCGCUGGGUCUAAACAUCAGUUAUAGGUAGAGAUUUUCCUUUGGGACGACCGUCUCUGAUCCAGUGAGAUGGGGAAUCAGCUAGCUGGAAUUGCUCCAUCACAGAUACUCUCAGUGGACAGUUACUUCUCAGACAUACAUGAUUAUGAGUAUGACAAAAGUCUGGGAAGUACACGGUUUUUCAAAGUGGCCCGAGCCAAACAUAGAGAGGGUCUGGUGGUGGUUAAGGUCUUUGCGAUCCAGGAUCCCUCGCUGCCCUUAACCAGCUACAAGCAGGAGUUGGAGGAGCUGAAAAUCAGAUUGCACUCUUGUCAAAACUGUCUCCCUUUUCAAAAAGCCACGCUCACAGAGAAAGCAGCCAUUCUCUUUCGACAGUACGUCCGUGAUAAUUUGUACGACCGAAUCAGUACGCGUCCCUUCAUGAACAAUGUGGAGAAGAAGUGGAUUGCCUUCCAGAUCCUUAACGCUGUGGAACAGGCCCAUAAAUCUGGUGUGCGCCAUGGCGACAUUAAAACCGAGAAUGUGAUGGUAACAAGCUGGAACUGGGUGCUGCUAACGGACUUUGCUAGUUUUAAACCCACAUACUUGCCUGAGGACAACCCUGCAGAUUUUAACUAUUUCUUCGACACGUCCAGGAGAAGAACGUGCUACAUUGCUCCCGAGAGAUUUGUGGAUGGCAGCAUAUUUGCCACAGAAAGUGAUCAGACAACUCCACUUGUGGAUCUCUCCAGCAAUAGCCAGAGGACAAGAGGAGAGCUCAAGCAGGCAAUGGACAUCUUCUCAGCUGGAUGUGUGAUUGCAGAACUUUUCACAGAAGGAGUUCCACUCUUCGAUCUCUCACAGUUGCUGGCUUACCGUAAAGGACAUUUCCAAACCGAACAAGUGCUGAUGAAAAUUGAAGAUCAUAGUAUAAGAGAACUGGUGGCUCAGAUGGUGCAGCGAGAACCAGAAAAACGCCUAGCGGCCGAAGAAUAUCUGAAACAGCAGCGAGGUAAAGCUUUCCCAGAAAUCUUCUACACCUUCCUUCAGCCCUACAUGGCCCAGUUUGCUAAAGAGACCUUUCAGUCUGCUGACGAAAGGGUGCUGGUGAUCCGUAAGAACCUGGAAAACAUUCUCAAUAACCUGUGCAGUCAGGCUGGGAAAUCGGAAAACCAGGAGAAGGCAUCCGAAGAGCAAAGUUCCUCCAAGGAGCAGGGGCUGGUGGUGCUGGUGUCAGUGAUCACUUCGUGUCUCCAGACGCUGCGCUUUUGCGACUCCAAGCUGGCGGCGCUGGAGCUGAUACUGCAUCUGGCGGAGCGUCUGAAUGUGGAGAUUUUGCUGGACAGAAUCACACCGUACCUGCUUCACUUCUGUAAUGACACAAUGCCCCGCGUAAGGGCCGAAGCUGUUCGCACGCUGACAAAAGUGCUCGCGCUAGUCAAGGAAGUUCCUCGCAAUGACGUCAAUAUUUACCCGGAAUACAUCUUGCCUGGGAUUGCCCACUUGGCCCAAGAUGAGGCUACGAUUGUCAGACUUGCUUAUGCAGAGAACAUAGCUCACUUAGCUGAGACAGCUCUGCGUUUUCUGGAGCUGGUGCAGGAGAAUAAUUUGAGCUCUGAACAAGACGUAAAUGGAGAAGACACUGAAGAAACUCUUCAUCCAAAUGAAAACUACGACUCAGAGCUGCAGGCCCUGCAUGAGAUGGUUCAGCAGAAGGUUGUGACGUUACUGAGCGACCCAGAAAACAUUGUCAAACAGACGCUGAUGGAGAACGGCAUCACGCGCCUCUGCGUUUUCUUCGGCCGGCAGAAGGCCAACGACGUGCUUCUCUCCCACAUGAUCACCUUCCUCAACGACAAAAACGACUGGCACCUCCGUGGGGCUUUUUUCGACAGUAUAGUGGGUGUAGCUGCAUAUGUGGGCUGGCAGAGUUCCUCCAUCCUGAAGCCUCUUUUGCAGCAGGGCCUGAGUGAUGUCGAGGAGUUUGUCAUUUAUAAAGCACUUAACGCUCUUACUUGCAUGUGUCAACUGGGGCUGCUGCAGAAACCUCACAUCUACGAGUUUGUCAGUGAUAUCGCUCCUUUCUUGUGUCACCCCAAUCUGUGGAUUCGCUAUGGAGCCGUUGGUUUCAUCACUGUGGUUGCUCAGCACUUAAACAUAGCUGACGUCUAUUGCAAACUCAUGCCCCAUCUCAACCCCUUCAUCACCCAGCCUAUUAUACAGAUUGAUAAGGAAAUCGUUUUGCUCAGCGUGCUGAAAGAGCCUGUAAGUCGAUCCAUCUUCGACUAUGCACUGCGUUCCAAAGACAUCGGCAGCCUCUUCAGACACCUGCUGCUCCGGCAAAAAAAGCGCAAUGGCUCCAUCCCAGAAUGCCCCAUUCCUGAGGACCCUGCGAUCGCCCAGCUACUCAAGAAACUUCUCUCACAGGGAAUGACUGAGACUGAGGAGGACAAGCUUUUGGCUCUCAAAGAUUUCAUGCUCAAGUCCAACAAGGCCAAAGCCAACAUCAUAGAUCAGAGCCACCUGAAUGAUGGAGCUCAGAGUGGCAUCAUUGAACUCGGAAUGCUGGGCAUCACCGGUCGACAAGUGGACCUGAUCAAACCCAAGCAGGAGUCAGAGGACAAAAGAGCUCGCAAGCAUACAAAGCAGGAUUCCAACUUGAACGAAGAGUGGAAGAGCAUGUUUGGUUCACUGGACCCGCCCAGCUCCGCCCCGACGGUACCUAAUGUUCUAGUUCCGAGCGGUGGUGGGGAACCCAACGGAACUCUGGCCGGAGAGCGCCUGCGAUCUGAGAGUUCCUCACAGAACCUUAUCCUCCCUCAUGUUUCAUCCUCAGUCCAGGUACCCGAGGGCGGAGCCGUGCAGCCCAGGAAAUCUACCCCGCUGCCCACUAUUCAGGUGGCGCAGUCAGUAACAGGAGCAUCUACUUACCAGCGUCGCAUCACCACGUGCAAGGCGGAGCUACAGCAGCUGGUGCAGCAGAAGAGAGAGCAAUGCAACGCAGAGCGCAUGGCCAAGCAGAUGAUGGAAAGUGCCGAGUGGGAGAGCAGGCCUCCAUUGCCAGGGUGGCAUCCAAAAGGUUUGUUAGUUGCCCAUCUUCAUGAGCACAAGUCCGCUGUGAACCGAAUCAGAGUCUCUGACGAACACUCCAUUUUUGCUACGUGCUCAAAUGAUGGUACUGUUAAAAUCUGGGACAGCCAAAAAAUGGAGGGCAAAACGACCACCACAAGGUCAGUGCUGACGUAUUCUCGUAUUGGAGGCCAUGUAAAAACUCUGACGUUUUGUCAGGGCUCGCAUUACCUCGCCGUGGCAUCGGACAACGGUUCCAUCCAGCUUCUCGCGGUUGAGGCAAACAAGCCCCCUAAAUCACCCAAAGUCCAACCCUGUCAGACCAGGUUUCUGGAUCUAAAGGAUGAGGGCUGUGUGGUGGACGUCCAUCACUUUAACUCGGGUGCGCAGACGGUGCUGGCCUACGCCACCGUGAACGGCUGCUUGGUGGGUUGGGACCUCCGCAGCAACAGCAAUGCAUGGACCCUGCAUCACGACUUGCGUCUGGGCCUCAUAACUUCUUUUGCUGUGGACAUGCACCAGUGUUGGCUGUGUGUGGGCACAAGCAAUGGCACAAUGGCAUGCUGGGAUAUGCGUUUUCAGCUACCGAUAUCCAGCCACUCCCAUCCGGCCCGAGCUCGAAUCAGACGCCUGCUGAUGCAUCCCCUUUACCAGUCUUCUGUAAUUGCAGCUGUCCAAGGUAACAAUGAGGUGUCCAUGUGGGACAUGGAAACAGGAGACAGGAAGUUCACACUGUGGGCCAGCUCGGCCCCCCCGCUUUCAGAGAUGCAGCCGUCUCCUCACAGUGUUCAUGGGAUAUAUUGCAGUCCUGCUGAUGGAAACCCUUUGUUACUGACUGCUGGAUCUGACAUGAGAAUCAGGUUUUGGGAUUUGGCUUACCCAGAGAGGUCGUACAUUGUCGCAGGUGGUGCCAAUGACUCCCUUCACUGCCCUUCUGUCUUCUACAACCGCAAGAUAAUCGAGGGAACAGAAGUAGUACAGGAGAUUCACAGCAAGCAGAAGAGUGGAUCUACUGAAGACACACCUCGCCGUGGUCCAGAAUCCCUCCCGAUGGGCCACCAUGACACCAUUACUGACAUUGCUACUUUUCAGACCACACAGGGCUUCAUAGUCACGUCUUCUAGAGAUGGCAUUGUUAAAGUCUGGAAAUAAGACGUGUGCCGUGCCAAGAUAGAAUAAACCCUUUGUAUGAAAAUCCAGUCGUGUAAUGUAAAUUUAAAGAUUAUUAAAUAUAAUUAUGAUAAAAUCCAGUAAAUAAUUGUGUAACUAAACAAUGUAACCAGCAGAUUGUGUUUGAGAAAAUUGCUUUGUUUUUUUUUCUGUGCUUAUGUGGAUAUUAAGCCCCAUUGCAUAAAACCGGAAAGGGCGUAGCUCACCCUCAUUUAAAGUGUUUUUUACACACAGUUAAUAGCAGUGUUAUAAGUGUCGUUUUUGCACAGCUAAUGUAAACGCAUGUAGCUUUUGUCAUGUCAGAUGGUAAUGAAAGACAUGCAAAGAAUGGGACUGAAAUUUCCAUUGUUAUCACUGGUUAAAGUCAUGCACUUAUAAAAUAACAAAUAAAUAUACACUGAAUACAA